GUAUGAGACCUUCAUCGGCCUUCGUCUCAACCCAGACGCCCAGUGAGCAAGUUCAAAGCUUGCUGAGUGAGACUGAUGACUCCGGGGACAGCUCGCACGAUGUUUUCUGUGAAAUGGAUGUUCUCUGCAAAGUGGGUGAUAACUACCAGUGGAGGGAAACUGCAAGGUUGGUGCCUGAAGAUG